CCCAUUUAAAUCACUCACUUCUUCUCUCUCCUCUGACGCAGCAUCAUCCCUGUUAAGAUGUUGGAAGCUAUUCACUGGGCUUACAGAUGAAGAAAUAGCGGGAAGAAGAGGAAGGGAAAGGUCAUUUUUUUCUCAUUUGUCGAGACGAUGGCUAGGUUUUUCAGUUUCGCAACAGAGGGAGGUGUGUUUGAGGUCUUUUGCUCUAUCAAUUUCGAUUUCAUUCAAAACGAAGAGGACGCCCUUGCUGUUCUGUGUUGCACUCGCGAAGAAGAAAGGAAGCUCCACUCAUGUCAGUUUUAUGAAAAGAAAUUUUUGUUGAGUGUGGAUGUUGAUAGAAUGUGUAUGAAGUAUCUUGAUAAAUUGUUGGCAAAAAUGGAAUUAAUGGACUGGUGUGGGUGUGAGUAUGGUUCUGUUCAUCUGUAUGUUGAGAGUGUAGAUGAAGCUGAAAUCUUAAAGAUAGUGAAUGAACUUAAUACCCCUACCAAACCAAAACACGGUGUUGUUAUCGAGGACCUUGAUGAUGAAAGUCCACCUGUUACCCAUCCAUUGAAACCUAAAAAAAGGGAAGGUGGUAGUUCAUUGAGAAGAGUGUUGGCCAUUUGCCAGUCAGAAUCUGAGGGGAUUUUACAUGAGGAAGACAAAGGUGAACCAUCAUCGGUGAUUAGGGAUGAACCAUCACCUGUUGAUUUACAACAAGAGGACAAGAGUGAACCAACAGUGGUUGAAGAGAACAAGAGUGAUCCACAAGAGGACGAUGGCACACCGGUCCGCUGUCUCACGGGUUUGGGUUAUGCGGGUUGGGGUGUUACAACACCAAUGGAGAUGGCCAAAUGGGUGGCCAGCCAGACAGGGGAUGGGGGUGAAGAUGCUGUUGAGGAUGGUGAUGAUGAAGGGGGUUCUGAAACUGAGAGUGAACAUGUUGUUGAGAAUAGUGAUGAUGAAGGGGGUUCUGAGUCUGAGAAUGAAGAUGUUGGUGAAGGAGGUUCCAAGAUAAAGGGUCAACAUGACACUUAUGGUGGACAGUUAUUGGCUGCAGUUGGCAUUCAAAGACUAUUUCCCAAAGCUGAGCAUAGAAUGUGUGUGAGGCACCUUUACACCAAUUUCAGGGAUCAGUUUAGAGGUACGGAGUUAAAGGACUUGCUUUGGGAUUGUGCUAGAGCCUCUUACCCAGCCAGGCUUGCAUCUUGUCUAAGCAAGCUUGAAGAAAGGUGUCCAGAGGCUAGACAGUGGCUUAAGAAAAGACCAACAAAGAAUUGGUCCAGGGCAGAGUUUAAAACAUUUGUCAAAUGUGAUAUGCUAACAAACAAUCUCUGUGAGUCUUUUAACAAGUACAUUUUGGAUGCUAGAGACAAGUCAGUACUGCCAAUGCUUGAGAUAAUAAGGAGUAAGUUAAUGAAGCGCUUGUCAACCAAAAAGAAGGCCAUGACAAAUGUGAAGGACAUAAUAUGUCCCAAAAUAAGAACCAAACUGACAGAUAAUUUUGAGCAUGCUCAUCUAUUCAUUCCUACAUUCUAUGGAAGACCAAAAUAUCAGGUGGAAGGUCCAGGUGGUAUGCAAUAUGUGGUAGAUAUGAGAAAGGGUAAAAAGAAAGCAACAACAGCUGGAGACGGAACAAGAAAGAGGAAAGAAGCACUAGUGAAAGGGAAGACAAAGAAGAGAAGCAAAUCAGGUCCAACAGAAGAAGAUCAUCCUGCUCCAAUUUAGUAUAAUACACAAUGCUGCAGUUGUCGUUUUUUGGAUUUUGGUAGCUAGACAUAGAAGGUGGUUAUUUGGGUUUUUGGUAGCCCUAUGUUCUUACUUUCCUUGCUUGCUGUCUUUUUUGGUUUUUGUUUGAUUGACAGCUAGUAAGGGCAAUCUUUUUGUAAUUGGGCAAACUUGUUAGCUUCCAAUAUGUGAAAUGAAGCAUUUUGUACAAU